AUGGCUUAUAAAAAAUCUUCUAGCUUAACUAUAGAAAAAAGAUAUGACAAUUUAAAAACCUUUUCAAAAAACGUCAUAGAUAUAUUUUACGAAUUAAAAGAUCUCGUGAAAGUUCACGAAAUUUUAAUUUAUAAAGAAAAAUUAGAAACAAAUGAAAAGGGUAAAUAUAAAAAACACCAAGAUGAACUUAUAAAAUUAAAGAAAGAGCUUGAUUUUAUACAAAAAGAAAACAACAAAAUAAAUGAUAAAUUAAAAUAUUAUAAAACAAUUAAUGAAUUAAUCGACACACAAAUAAAUGACGUGUCAGAAAAUAUAGAAAACGUCAAAUUAAAUAUAAAUCAAGAAGAACAAAAGAGAGACGACAUGAAAAAUAUUAUAAAUGAUCUAAAAAAUAAAUAUUACAAAAGCCUCAUGGCAAAGCAAACUAUGGAUGAUAAUUGCUUGGGGCUGACAAAAAAAAUCAAUGACUGUUCAGAGGAAAAUAAAGAAAUAAAGAAUUUAAUUAAAGACUUAGAAGACAAAGUCGAAUUCGUUUCUUCUUUAAAAAAUGAAUAA